AUGCAUCAGACCUCAAAGCGUGGCAGCUCUACUGCUACCACGAAUAAUAACGAUGACCAUGUUACUCACUCGGUGGGUAUGAACCGCCGACAUAAACGUGUCUUGAAGGCUUGCGAAAGAUGUCGAAUGAAAAAGACCAAGUGUGACGGUGAAUUUCCCUGCAAGCGAUGCAAAGAUGACAGUUCGGUCUGCACUGCAGCCGUUAGAAAGAAGAUGGAGUAUAAGCAGCUGCCACAAGGGUACGCUGAAGUCCUCGAGAACACCCAAUUCGCUCUCAUCGCCACCGUUCACAAGCUCUACUCCAUGGUCCUAAAUAAUCAACCCUGGGAGCUGGGUGAGCCUGAAAUGAACGACCGGGGUCAGCCCGUAAUCCACAACAUCGCCCAGAAGCUGGGCUGCAUCCGACCCCACGGCGACAUCGACCUUCCCGUGCAUUCAGUAUUCCCCGAAGGCGAAGCUGGCAUGGCUGAGCUGGCCCGUCAGCUUGAAGAACAGCAGAAGCAGAAGGGCAAUGGGCGGGACAAGGAGUCCAAGGACGCAGACUUUUCCUUGUGCAACCAACCCGAGCGGGCGUCAUCAUUCGAGCUUGAGCGCUCCGGCUUCGAGUACGACUGCCGAAAGGCCGGCUUUGGCAGCAACCCCAUGACUCUGUCGCCUCAGAGCUUUACCGGCAGCACCAGCGACUUCGAAUCUGCCUCUCCACCUCUCGAAAUCGAAGCCGCCGCCAUGUUCCCCUCCCAAUCACCCUCGAUACCCAACUUCCCUGCCUGGUCCAUGGCCAAGACCCAGCCCGAGUUUGGCACCAUUAAUCCUCACGUCCCAUUGUGUACUAACCCCGAAGUUAUGAUGGUCAUGGGCGAUCCAACGGUCUGCUGUGGCUAUGGCGGCGAACUGUGCGACUAUGGCUUGGCUCGGGGGCUCAAUUGA